GGGCUCAUGGAUAAGCUUUUGUGAACGCACUAUUGUAAUUGUCAUGCCGGUGAAAUAUAAAGGAAAAGAAGGAAAAUGUUUUUUUAUCAAGUAGCAACAGUGCUCGGAGAUGGUCAUUAUCCAGGCGUUCAAAGUAUUUCGAUUGAAGAAUAUGUAUGUGUAUGAUGCACUCGUAUCAAUUAUCUACAAAAGCUUAUCGUCGGGAGGUGUCAUGUUGCUACUAGAUACGUAGUCUACGUCAGGCACAUAUACCAGCAGAUUUUUAUCAUCCCGAUUGUAUUUCCGUGCUCGAAGUGGUAAAUCAAUGAUGUGCUUGUAUUAGCGAUAAAAUGUUGGGCUACGGUUUCUGUGUUUAGUGCUUCAGUCGGUUGUGAUAUAGUUGUAUUAUUUGAAGUGUAGAAAAAAGUUUGGUGCAUAUCUACUGCGGAAAACAAUCAAGAAAUAUAAUGGUGCGGUGCGAAAUGAUUUUGCCGCCAAAGCUGUUUUUUGUUCGAGCGUCGCUGCUGCUUUUCUUAGUUCUUCAUAAUGUAACCUCGCAAAAUUAUGAAGGAAGACGUUUGAAGCCUUGUGAGCUUGAAUCACUGCUAAGAGAUUUGACUUAUCCCGAAGAAGGGUAUGAAAUGCACGCUGUAGCACUUCGUAACCAGUUGAGACAUAUUUUGGAGCAUGAUCCUUCUGAUCGCGAAAAUUAUCAAAAUCUCGAGGACAGUUCCGAAGCCACCCGUGGGCCAUACGAAGACAAACGAUCUUAUCGUGCCCUUUUGCGUGAUGGUGCCGUAUUCGGAAAGCGAAACGUGGGCGCGCUUGCUCGUGCGGGAUUAUUGCGAAACCAACCGGAAUACCUCAAACGUAGCUUGGCAACACUCGCCAAGAAUGGACAGCUACCAUCACGUGACACAGAGUCUGAGGAUACUACACCUGAUGGUGAAUGGAAUGAGGAUAAGCGAAAUGUAGCUUCUGCGUUGCAAUCAGGUUACAUGCUAAAUGGCAAACGCAACAUUGCUUCCCUGGCCAGAAAGUAUGAACUGCCUGGUAAACGAAACAUUCAAUCACUACUACGCACAGGAAUGCUUCCUUCUAUAGCUCCGAAACGAAACAUACAGUCACUUGCAAGGGAAAAUGUGCUCACCGGUUAUGGAAGUAUCUAUAAGCGGAAUAUUCAGACCUUGGUACGCGAUUGGAGUUUACCGAAGCAGCAUAAUAAACUAUCGGAAAGUAGUGGCUCAACAAGUGACAAUGAGAAACGAAACAUUCAAUCAUUGAAGAAUGCGCAGGGACGUAAAAAAAGGUCUUUGUACUACGAUGAAAUGGAGGAGAGCAGUCCUGAAGUUUUGGAACCUGUUUUCCAAACGGCUCCGCUUGACUACGAGGAGCUUAUGGACGCAAUGGUGCAAACAUAUCCUUUACAUAAUACCGACAAUCAUCUCGAAGAAAAACGUUUCCUUGGCCUCGUAAGAAGCGAAGACACCACCAAUUAUGAAGAUGAUAGAACGGACACGGAUCUGCCAUUGCGAAGCAAGCCGUUCGUAAAGCGUCACAUUGCCUCGAUUGUGCGCUCGGGCUGGACUCCAUCGUUCCGGCCGUCGCGUGGAAAUCGCUUCAGUCGGGCCGGCAGGGCGAGGGCGAAUAUUACUCCCGACCCGAGCCACUACGACAACCAACCAGCGGCGUAUGUAGACAAUGCAUACAUGGAUUCAGAGGUACCACUAGUUGGGGAGCUCCAGGGCUACAGUCCACGUGGGGUGCCGCGCCGCCUAGAGUUGCCGCGAUACACUGGCGAGGCCUUCGCCAGCCACCCGUACGUGCACGACGAGUUCAGUGAACGCGUAAAUCCGUUCUACACGGAUGAUGAAUAUCGCUGUGCCAAUCGUCUCCGUAAACUGCUAUAUUAUCUGAAAAAGCAGUAUUAUCUUGACAAUAAGUAUAUUCAAGCAACGUAUGGAAGAAAUUUAGGUUACUAUCAAUAAAAGUUUUAUAACUAAUUUCAACACUAAAAAACACGCACACAAUUUCGUGUUGCCAAAAGUAUUCGAAAGCUUCGGUAGCCUUCCUUUUCUUUUUAAGACAACAUAAUUCAACUGUUAUUAAAUUUAAAAUAAUGUACAAUUUGCAUUAAAGUCUAGCUCCCUGUAAUUUUCAGUUUUGAAAUUAUCCAAUGUAAUGGAAAAUCUUGCCUUUAUGUAAAUGGUUGAUUUAGAGAUUAGUGUAAUCCAUCUUUUGUUUCAACGGCUUUUAACUGAGUCUCACAUGAGGUGUAACAAGAAUUUAGAUAAAAAUUUACUGAGGCAACAAAAUAUCCUACUCUUUCAUAUCCCUUUGCUCAUAUCAACCCAAUACAAUGGUUAAUAAUGUAAUACAAAUGGUAGUGAAGGACUUUAAACUAUAUUAAACUGUAUAAGAAAUUGGAAUGGAACAUUUUAUUGUAUAAUCUACAUUUUGUGGUACUUAAAAUGUUUACUAUAAGAACUUGAAUAAUAGAUAAGACAAACAAACCAUACUGGCUCUUUGAACAAGAUGAAAUAGUGCAUAGACCUAUAGCGUAUUACAAGAACUUUUGCAGCAACAUCUGAGAAACAAACUGAGAACAAUAGAACUGAAAAGCUAUCAUAUGGAAAAUGUUAUCUCUUCGCGAUGUGAGAUUCAUGUGCAGUUAAAUGCAAUUCUAAUGAAAUGACAGACUCUUGAGCGGAGGUCAAAGAAAGGGUAUAAAAAGUUCAAUUACUUGUGAAUCAAACAACAUACCAAUACCGUACAUGGUUUCAAUGUUGUAUUUGAUGAACCUCUACUCAAUGGAAUGUAAGUUUGUAGCGUGUGUCGAACAAAACUAAAUAGCAAAAUCCUAUAAACAUACCACAACGGGAAACGGUAAUUGUGUUUUACAAAGUGAAAGGAUUUGGUAAUUUUGUUAUUUAGAAGUUUUGACAACUGCUAACAGUGGCUGCUGAACAUUUCGCUCAGGUCUAUGAGCUAGAAGAAUCUUAUGCCUAAACAGAUGAAAUAGAAGACAAUUUGUGGAUGUUCUGCUCGUAUUGAAAUGAUAAUUAUUCAUUUGUGGUAAUUCUUUUUUACAAAUUUCUCUAUAUGUUUGGAAUUGUAUAAAAGUUGUAUUAUUAAAAUAAUAAUUUGUGAAAAUUACAUGUUUUGCCAUUAUUGCUUUGCAUACAAUGUUGUUUAAUAGUUUGACGUUUAUUAAAAUUUACAUCUUUAUAACAUAUUAUGGAAGUAAAUACGAGUGCUGCAUAUAAUGUUGUGAAACUAAAAUAUUUGGAAAACAAAUAGCUAAGAAAAGUGCUCCAAAGUGAAAUCAAAGCGACAAUAAUCACAGUAAGCAUGUGUUCGAAAGCUUUAAAAAGCUUUAUUUAAACUGAUGCAAAUAAUAACUGAAUCAAGAAUUUUAGAUAGCUUAGCCAGAAAAUCUACUGACUAUAUAAGUUUUAACACACCAUCAAAGGAUGUUACAGACUACUGGAAAACAUAAGGAUUUAUAGAGCAGAAGAAAAUAUCGUACAUGCGAAUGUAUCUCUUAAAGUUAGCUGAAACAUAUACUUUUAUAUUUGUAUUAUAUUUAUUUUCUUUAUCAAUCGAUAGCAGCAGUCGCCAAAGUAUUGAAGAAAUAAUUUGUAUCAAUAUCAUUAUUUCUAUAAUAAUUGAUUCUUCUUUUCAACAAAAAUAUCAACGAUUGUAGAUCGGAAAACAUAAAGCCAACACAUUAAUAAGGAUUUAAGACAAUACUGAAGGCUGAAAGUAAAUCAAUGUUGGUUGGUGUGUAAUAUGAGUAAACUGAUGUGUACUAUACCAAUGAAAGACAAUAAAUAAACAACAAUAUAUUAAUGACAAAUAAUAACAAAAAAGGUGAACUAAGAAAAUUUCCAAACAGCUAGUAUUAACAUUGUAUGCAGUGCAAACAAGACAAUAAUAUUUAAAAAAAAAACACUAAGGAAAGCAUGCACAAAUCCAUGCAAACAUGUUAGUGUUUCAUACAUUGUUUAUACUUGUAUCUCAAGCCCCAAAAACCUCUGUAUGCUGCUUAUUCGUAAAGCUCUCAAUUAAAACAAAUGGGUUGAAGGUAAACAAUUUCAUAUA